AUGGGGAAGACAUUUGCGCGCAUUCAUGCCGCAAUCACAGGCAAGUUUGAGGGUGGCAUCGGCGAGAAGAUUCCGCAGUGGAUACGAGCAAAUGGGGGAGAGUUCAGCCGGGACGUCAAUCCUCGCGUCACUCAUUUGAUCACAACGGAAGAAGCCUUCAAGCAAAAUGUCGAGCCAGUGAAGGAUGCGAACAAGCUCGGGAUCAAGAUCGUCAGCUACGAUUGGCUUGAUGACUCGCUUUUAUCCCUAACUCGCCGGCCCAAGGGUGAGGGACUUUACCUUUUGAAGAAUAUCGUCAAGGCGGCGGCAAAGAAGGCAAAAGUACCCAAGACACUCAACAAGGUUGCCAAGUCUCAGGCUAAGCCAAAGGCCCCAAAACGUCCUAUCGUUGAUCCAUUCAUCAAACCCAGAGGCAAAAGAAGAGCGGUGCGUCAAGAAUACUUUGACAGCUUCACGGGAACCCUCUACAGUGCCACCAUGUUCCGCAGAGCUCAACCAUCAACCACGGCGAGAGAAAAGUGCCAGCUGACAGUCUACGAAUCACUUUCUGAGCCACACAUGUACUCAACAUACAUCAAAUUCAGCCGUACCGGCAAAUCCUCCGUCGAGGUCCUGACCCCACCGAGAAACAGCGUCCAGCUCGCUGUCAACAUCUUUAAGAUGCACUUCAAGAUUCAUACUGGCAAGGAAUGGGAAGACCGGGCUGAUGGAAAGAUCCUACCACCCAAGAAGGAUGCUGAUGGAAAAUCUUUGCCGGAACAUGCUGGUUGGUUCUUCCUUGAGGAACACAGAAGUAUUCUCGGCAGCUUCAUGAUGGGUUCGCAGAACAUGGAUACUCGUGCAGCGGAUGACAAGACUGGAACCAAUGCCUUGGCUGAGCAGGGAAAAAGCGAUACCUCAGUGGAAGCGAUGAUCGAUCUCGAGGGCGAGGAAGAGGAAGAGCGCUACGGCAACGGAGAAUAG